GCAGAUGUGGGGGUGGGGGUCACCCUGAGGCACCCCCAGCACCCAAGGGUGGGGUCUCCAGGCUCCUUGGGCCGCUGGCUGUGGGUGGCACUGUCCCCUACCCCGUGGUGGCACUGGCAGCUCCAUCGCCCCGGAGCAUUUCUGUCUGUACCAGCUGUCCCCAGUGUCCCUCCAACCCUGGGUUCAUCCCCCGGGGUGGGACCCCCACCCCUGGGGACAGCUGGGGGGGCUGGACUCCCCUGUCCCCUCUGUCACCAGCCACGUCCCGUGAGCCCUGGGUCACUGGCACCCAACUGCUGGCCCUACAAACACCCCUUUUGGGGGUCCCUACACCCCCAAACCCCUGUCCUGGUUGUGGGGACACUGGCAGAGACCCCAAUGUCCCUCUGAGGUCAGCGGUGCGGCCGCUGUGGGUGGCACCGGGCUGGCACAGAGGUGGCACGUGUCACCCCAGCGCUGCGGGGGGACAGGGAAAGGCCAGACGUGCCCUGGGCGGGUGCCAGGGGGGUCCUGCUGGUGCCAUCACGUUGCUGGCAGCGUCCCCAUGGCGGGAAGCAGAGGGGGGGACACACCCGUGGGUGCCACACACGUGUCCGAGGUGCCACCGCCCCUGCUCUCCCCCCUUGGCAGCGCCCGGUGCCAGCGGCGCGUCCCAAAAUAGCCCCAGCAGGGCCAUAAAAGCAGGGCGGGCACGGGGAGGGGGGAAAGCGGCACCAUGGUGGGCCCUGGCGUGGUGGGGGGCUCCAAGGGGCUGCUCUCGGCCCGCCUGGGCUGCUGUGUCCAGGAGGAGGACGUGUCCAAGAGAGAGACCUUCAGUGCCGAGUGGCUGGACCUGGAGCUCCGGAGCCGGCCCGAGGACGGGUGGUGCCGGCGGGAGGUGGACACGCAGCGCCGGGAGACGCUGGAGCAGCGCGGGGCCGUGCGGGUGCUGGAGCAGCGCUCGCCCUGGGGGCUGCUGCGGGUGGGGGUCCUGGGGCAACCCCUGGCCCAGCACCUCCUGCCCUACGCCCGCACCCUCCCCGUGCCCCUCUUCGCCCCCUCAGACCUCCGCGGAGCCAAGGGGGGGAUCCCCCGCACCCUCUCCCGCUCCCUCUCUCACGAAGCCCAGCGGGGCUGAGCGUGGCAGAGGGGCCGGGGAAGG